AUGACCAUGGAGCGUCACCCCCCUCCUCCCAUCUCUUUGCCCAACGUCACCGAUCUCUCUCCUCUGUUGCUAGGGUUUCUCGACGAGCAUUUCUCAACCCACCAAGAUUUGUCCCUCAAUGCUUCUCUGCUCUCUUCCUCUUUGAGCCAACAAUGCUCGGAACUGGACGCCCAGCUCGGGAACCUGCAGAAUGAUGUCACCAAACGCGCCGUUUCGUGGAUUUCUCGUUCGUUUUUGGCUAAAUCAGCUCUUGAUGAGCUCAACCGCAACAUGCAAAAUCUCAGCCUCCGCAUUUCUAGACACGGGGUUGGUUCGAAGAAAUUUCAAAAGGUUUUGAAUGAGGACCUUCCUCGAUUGGCAAAGGAAUUGAAUCGAAUUGAGUCUAUACGCAGUUAUGUCGAGACUGCUCUACAGUUGGAAGCUCUCGUUGGAGAUCUUGAAGAUGCUGCACUUUUUGUUAUGGCUUGCCGCCCUGGGAAUUUAUUUUCAAAGAGGAUUUCAGAUUGGUCAGUCUCAAUGGAUUCUGCUAGAAAGCAUGAUAAGUUGCUUCAGGCCAUAAAAGCAAUGAAUGAUAUUGAACAAGUGUUAGAGACAGUUGUGAAAUUCCACUCUCAUUGGCAUAGUAUUGUGAGGUCUGUUGACAAUAGAGUGGACAAAAUAUUGGCUUCUCUUCGUCCACAAGUUUUUUCAGAUCACCGAGCUCUUCUUGCUUCUCUUGGUUGGCCACCAAAAUUACUUACCUCAAAUGUUGGAAAUGGACAAAUCACAUGUAUUCCUAACCCACUUGUUCUAAUGCAAGAAGAAAAAAGGAGAAGUUAUUCAGAAAGUUUCAUAGCACUCUGUGCCUUGCAACAUCUGCAAAGAAGAAGGGAAGAUAGACAGCAUAAUUUUGUGAAACAAAAGAAGCACAAUAUGCAGCUUUGGGCUAUCGAUGAGCUGGUUUCUCCUAUUGCAUCAAGGAUGGAACACCAUUUUGCCAACUGGAUUGAGCAGCCAGAGUAUAUAUUUGCUCUGGUUUACAAAGUUAGUAAAGAUUUUAUUACAGGGGUUGAUGAUGUCUUGCAGCCCCUAAUUGACAGGGCAAGACUCAUCAGUUGUAGUGCUAAAGAAGCAUGGGUCUUUGCAAUGGUUCAAGUGCUUUCUUGCUUUCUAGAAAAACGAAUUUUCUCUUUGCUUGCUGACAGAUACAAAGUAAAGCUUAUGAAACUUGAUGCUAUAUCCUCAUGGCUUCGCUUGAUAGACCUUAUUGUUGCGUUUGAUAAACAGAUGCAAUCUCUUGUUAAUCUAGACACUGGUAUCUUCUUGAUAGAGUCUGAAAAGAUUGAUGGGCUCUCAAGAGGUAUAUCUGUUCUAACAAUAUUCUGCAAUAGGCUGGAUUGGCUCAGGCUUUGGGCAAAAAUAGAAUUCAAAAAUGCCUGGAAGAAGCUUAAAGUGGAGCUAAAAGAGGAGAAGAUGUGGAUGAUUGAUAAUAAAUCUACAUCUGGGUUUGACAGGGAUUUGGAUUCUGUGCAUCGUAUACUUUCUACUGUAGAAGACCACAGAGCUCCUCCUAUUGUGGAAGUUUUCCUUAAAAUUGUUUGGGAAAUGACUGAACGCUGCCAAACUAUGCCAUCUAUAAUAUCACGUGCGCGAUUUAUUAGAUCUACUGCAGGAAAAUUCCUCUGGUGUUUCUUUAAGAUAUUGCUCUUGCGGUUCAAGACAACUGAAUUGCAUCCUGAUGAUCCUGACGAAGAUGCUAUCGUUAGAAUAUGUGGAUUAGUAAAUGCUGCCAGAUAUAUUCAAACUAAACUGCGAGAAUGGGGUGACAGUUUGGAAUUUUUAGAGUUGAAAAUUGCUGAAAAUGAGUCUAGCAAGCCCAUAGAAGAUGAUGCAAUGGAUAGCAGUUCCUUUUAUAGUGAAGAAAUAAGAAGCUUGUCUGAAAUGGAAAUUAACUGGCUCAUGGAGAUUAUUGCAGCCAUUCUUCGUCAGUUUGAACUCGUUUCCUGGGAAUAUGUUGAAAAUAAAGAUCAUUUUGAGCAAGACCAAGAUGACAAAAAUAUAGUUGGUUUGACACAGGCAAUUGAUUUAACAGUCUCUACUGAUUUCGUUGAAGCUCUGGAUGCUCUAAAAAGUUGGCUUCGUGUUGUGAGGAUAAAUCUCAACUCAAAGGAUUUCUCAGAUUUGUGGAGAAGCCUUGCAGACGGUCUAGAUCAUUACAUUUCUCGCAGCUUUGCCACAAAUGAAAUCUGCUUCUCUUGUAAGGGGAUCCAUCAGUUUGAAGCUGACAUGCAAGCACUGCUCUUUGUUUUUCAACCUUUUUGUGCCCGUCCUCAAGCAUUUUUUCCCUGUAUUAAAGAGAUUCUUAAGCUUUUAAAACUGAAAAAAGAAGAGGUAAAGCAAUUGCAGGCUGUUUUAUCCAAUGGUGAAAAUAGAGCAAGAUGUUUGCGUCCUCACGGCAUUUCACAUCUAUCAGUCAAUCAGGUUGCUCAAGUUCUGAGAAACAGAAAUUUUGCAUCUGCAAUAACGCGAGGUUGACCGAAGGGCAAGUGAAAGAACUUCCCACUUGUAUCAUCCAUGACAAAAACAUCAC